AUGUUAUAUAAAUAUGAAACAAAAAGUAAUAGAGUAAAAGGUCUAAGUUUUCAUCCAACUAGACCUUGGAUCUUGGCAUCAUUACAUUCAGGAUCGAUUCAUUUAUACGAUUACAGAAUCAAGACUUUAUUGGAAAAGUUUGAAGAACAUGAUGGACCUGUAAGAGGAGUUAACUUUCAUAUGACACAACCAUUAUUUGUGUCUGGUGGAGAUGAUUACAAGAUUAAAGUAUGGAAUUACAAACAGAGAAGAUGUUUGUUUACGUUAAAGGGACACAAGGACUAUAUUAGAACAGUCGAGUUCCACAGAGAGGCACCAUGGAUCUUGUCGGCUUCGGACGAUCAGAUCAUUCGUAUUUGGAACUGGCAGUCUCGUACAUGCAUUGCCGAGCUCAACGGACACAACCACUAUGUCAUGUCGGCUCAGUUCCAUCCCAAGGACGACUUGAUCGUGUCGGCAUCGCUCGAUCAGACCAUCCGUAUCUGGGAUAUCUCUGGUCUCAAGAAAAAGACUAUCACCAUCAAACCGUACCGUGACAAUGACAGUCUACGUCUCCAAGACGAGAUCUUUGGCACUGAUGUCAUUGUCAAGUUAUCACUCGAGGGUCAUGACCGUGGUGUCAAUUGGGCAGCUUUCCAUCCAACCCAACCCGUCAUUGUGUCGGCAUCGGACGACCACCAUGUCAAGUUGUGGCGUAUGAACGAUCCGAUCGUCGACACGCUCCGUGGUCAUUUCAAUAAUGUCAGUUGCGCACUCUUCCAUCCUCGUCAAGACCUUGUCUUGUCCGACUCGGAAGACAAGACUAUCCGUGUCUGGGAUAUGGCCAAAAAGACGACCAUCCAGACCAUCCGUCGUGAACACGACCGUUUCUGGACACUUGCUGCACACCCCAACGCCAACUUGUUUGCUGCCGGUCAUGACAGCGGUAUGAUCGUCUUCAAGUUGGAGCGUGAGCGUCCCACCUUUGUCCCCAACGGAUCCGACGGUGUUUUCUACCUCAAGAGAAAGCAUUUCAACUCUUUUGACUUUUCAACUGGUCGUUCUGUAGUUCUCUUUAACAUUACUAAAAUCCCUUCAAAUAAUGGUACUCAAGUAAUGUCUUACAAUGCUUCUGAAAGAUCUAUCCUUGUUUCUUCUGACGCUGAUGGAGGUAGUUAUCAUUUAUAUAAAAUACCAACAAGAGAUAUUAGUCAAGUUGAUUCAAAGAAGGGUAAUGGAGUAGCAGCCAUUUUUGUAGGUAGCAAUAGAUUUGCCGUUUUGGAUAAACAAAACAACGUUAUUAUCAAGGGAUUGGACAAUGAGGAAGUCAAGAGAUUCCAACCGGCUCAAACUGUCGAAUGGUUGUUCCCAGCACCAGUUGGCCAUGUGUUGGUGUUGACCGACGAGAAGAUGAUGUUGUUUGACAUCCAACAAAAGACAGCGGUUGCCGAGUUGUUUACUCCAUCGAUUCGCUAUGUCAUCUGGUCCAAGGACUACAACUAUGUUGCCUUGUUGGCACGUGACAGCUUGAUCCUUGCCACCAGACGUUUGGAGCAGAUCUGUAUUGUCAGCGAGUCUGUCUUGCCCAAGAGCGGUGCGUGGGACGAGAAUGGUGUCUUUAUCUACACCACCUCUAACCAUCUCAAGUAUCUCUUGCCAAACGGUGACAAUGGUACCAUCAAGACACUCGACACCACCAUCUACCUCACCGGUGUCAAGGGGUCGCGUGUGUUUGCCAUUGACCGUGAGCUCAAAAACAGACACAUCGAGAUUGACCGUUCCGAGUACUUGCUCAAGCUUGCACUCUUCCAAAAGCGAUAUGCAGACGUCAUCAAGAUUUUGCGUGAGAGCAAGUUGGUUGGCAAGUCGAUCAUUGCCUACUUGCAACGCAAGGGGUAUCCCGAAGUCGUCCACUUUGUCAAGGACGACCGUACUCGUUUCAAUUUAGCACUCGAGUGUGGAAACCUCGACAUUGCAUUGCAGUCGGCCAAGAUACUCGACGACAAGCAGUGUUGGAGCAGAUUGGCCGAAGUCGCACUGAGACAAGGUAACCAGCAGAUUGUCGAGAUGGCAUACUCGCGUACUGGCGAGCUCGACCGUUUGUCGUUCCUCUACUUGUUGGUUGGUAACACAUCGAUGCUUAAAAAGAUGAUCACCUACGACUCGACCGAUAUUAUGAGUCGUUUCCAAUACUCGCUCUAUCUCGGCGACAUUGACGAACGUAUCAAGGUGCUCCAAGAAGCCGGUCUCCUCAGCUUGGCCUACAUCACCGCUUCGAUCAACGGACUGCGUGAAAAGGCCGAUCAACUCGCCAGCCAGAUCACUGCUGACGGCAAGACACAACUCCCCUCUGUCCCAUCCAACCCAUUCAAGCUACUCCCCCCUCAACCCGUCUACAUUGCUCCCGAAGUCAACUGGCCGCUUCUCAACAUUGCCAAGAGCUCUGCCGAGCUAGGUGGUCAAGACCGUAAGUUUGCCAUGGACAACUCUGGUGCAGUCGAUGAUGAUGAUGAAAUUGACAACUCUGGUCCCAAGAUUGGAGGUGGUGGUUGGGGUGACGAUGACGACAUCAUGGCCGAAGACAACAACAAAAACAAAGGAGACGAACAACAAGACAGUAAUGGUGGAGGUUGGGAUGACGACAUUGUCAUUGAAGGUGGAAAGGGUGAUGGAUCAGGUUGGGAUGAUGAUAUUGACAUUGGUACUUCUGUCUCUAAACAAGACAUUUCUAGUAUGUUUGUCCCACCACAACCCGGUUCGUCAUUUGGACAAAUUUGGUCACGUAACACCAACUUUGCAGUUGACCAUAUUGCCGCCGGCUCAUUCGAGACUGCCAUGAACAUGUUGAAUCAACAGGUUGGUAUCGUCAACUUUGAACCCGUCCGUUCAUUCUUUAUCAACAUUCAUAUGGGUGCACGUGUGGCUCUCUCGUCACAAGCUGCCCUCCAACCCAUCAUUGAACCACUCCAAAGAAAGCACGGUCAGCCAUAUGUAUCAUACAACAUCCAACACCUCUUGGAACGUCUCCGCACACUCGCCUACAAGUCGACCACCGAGGGUAAGUUUACCGACGCUAUCCUCCACUUUACCUAUAUCCUCCACUGCGCCAUCUUUACCACUGUCGAGUCCAAACAAGAGUUUAACGAGAUCAAAGAGUUGAUUGGUGUGUGUCGUGAAUACAUUACUGGUUUGCGUAUCGAAACACAGAGAAAGGAGUUGCCACCCACCCAAUUGACCCGUGUUGCUGAAUUGGCUGCCUACUUUACUCACUGUAAUCUCGAACCUACUCAUCUUGUGUUGGCACUUCGUUCGGCCAUGAACAAUGCCUACAAACUCAAACACUUUGACUUGUCGGCUUCGUUUGCUCGUCGUCUCUUGGAUCUCUCACCACCAGGCGAUCUCAGUACUCAAGCCAAAAAGGUGAUUGCCUUUUCCCAACAAAACCAAACCGACCCUUCCAUCACUAUCGCCUAUGAUGAAAGAAAUCCAUUUGUCAUUGACUCGCUCUCCAUGACCCCAAUCUACAGAGGUUCUCCUUUGGUUCGUUGUCCACUAUGCUCUUCAUCCUACCAACCUCAACACAAGGGUAAACUCUGCAAUAUCUGUCAAUUGGCUGAAAUUGGUAAAGAUACCACUGGUUUACAAUUAAUUCUUUUACAACAAAAAUAA